CAACAUAUGAAAAUAUAACGCUAUACGGAGACGUAACGUUACAGUGAGAACGUGACCAAAGCAGCGGGGGAAGCUGCCUGAGAAACAGAACCGUGCUACAUGUUCUAGUUCUGUACCGCGGUGGUGCAUCAUGUGCUACAUGUCAACUGACUGCAGUUAGCUCUGCUAGCUAAAGAGCAGUACAGGCACAGCUUUUUCAUUAUUUUUCUUUAUUCAGUGUACUUCUCCGGGGCCGUCCUUUUUAAAUAAACAUGACUGUAAAUAUGGUAGAAUGAGGCAGGAGGUUAGUUCUCGUCUGUAGUCCCUGGUCAGGUGUGAAGUUGGCAGCCUUAACAUCAAGAAACACGUUUACAACAAUAUUAAUGUUGUUUGUAGUACGAAUAACUAUAUGCUCUUAACUAUGGAGGCAGGCGGUAAGUCAAAGGCAGAAACAUUCAACAAAAUGUUGAGCUGUCAACUUCUCUCAUGCUAACGUCGGGAGACAAGUACACAUUUGGCGAGGCUGACAAUACAACCUCGCUAGUUGAGCUACAAUAUUCUACGUGUGUCGCUAGCUAACGUUGCAUUUAGGAAUUCUGCUUUACGUAAGUACACGAACAAGUAACGUUCGCUAAACCAUGCUCAAUGCAAGAUUAUAAUUCAGUGGCAGUAACUUUAGACACAUGGGGGGAAGUCCAUGUGUUGGUUGAAACCUGUAAACUAACUUAAAAACCAAGAAAUGUAUUUUUUUAAAGGAAUGCUAAGUAAGCUAACCACACCUUAUCAAAACAUAGAGGGAAUCAGUAGAGUAGAUAGAAUGCUAAUGCUGGUGUUGGAAAGAGACGUUCAAGUGCCAGAGGGAAAAUCCACAGACCCAAAAAUUUCUGAGGUAGUAAAAGGUUGCACAUUUAAAUGCGCAAUCCCUUAUUUUUAUCAUCAGCUUUUAUGUUUUGAAAUUCAACACAGUUAUUAGUUCACCUUCAAAACUUUCACAGCAAGCUGGGGUGGAACUACUGGGUGCCACAACAAAGUCCGGAAGUGUACUUUAUUCACUUAUUUUAUUUAUCUCCUUUGUCUGUCCAUUAUGUCUUUAAUGAUCUUUUUUUCCCCUCCUGGUCUGGCAAAGUCGACUGUGAUGGCCAAGCUUCAGGGCUUCGAGUUCUGGAGGAAGACCCUGAAGGAGGCCCGCUUUGUGGUGGCACCCAUGGUGGACCAGAGCGAGCUGGCCUGGCGCCUGCUGAGCCGCCGGCACGGCGCCCAGCUCUGCUACACCCCCAUGCUGCAUGCCCAGGUGUUCGUACGCGACGCCAACUACAGGAGGGAAAACCUCUACAAUGAGGUGUGUGAGGAGGACAGACCUCUCAUCACACAGUUCUGUGCCAACGAUCCGGAGGUGUUCCUUCAGGCCGCUCUGCUGGCUCAGAACUACUGCGAUGCCAUCGACCUCAACCUGGGCUGUCCGCAGAUGAUCGCUAAGAGAGGGCACUACGGAGUUUUCCUACAAGACGAGUGGGAGCUGUUAGAGAAAAUGGUCAGGUUGGCACACGAAAAGCUCUCGGUGCCCAUCACAUGCAAGAUCCGUGUGUUCAAGGAGCUGGAGAGGACGGUCCGCUACGCCCAGAUGCUGGAGAAAGCUGGGUGUCAGCUGCUGACGGUGCACGGCCGAACCAAAGACCAGAAAGGGACCGUGACGGGCAUCGCUAACUGGGAGCACAUCAUGGCAGUACGGAAGGCAGUAAAUAUUCCAGUGUUUGCAAACGGCAACAUUCAGCACCUGAGCGAUGUGGAGCGCUGCAUUCAGGAGACGGGAGUGGAGGGAGUCAUGAGUGCAGAGGGGAACCUCCACAACCCGGCGCUGUUUGAAGGAAGCAGCCCUCCCGUGUGGGAGAUGGCGGAGGAAUAUCUGGAGGUAGUGAAGCAGCACCCCCCCUGCACUCUGUCCUAUGUACGAGCACACCUCUUCAAGCUGUGGCACCACACGCUACAGAUCCACCAGGACCUGAGAGAGGAGCUGGCCAAGGUGAAGACCAUCGAGGGUUUGGCCGGUGUCAGCAAACAGCUGAGGCUGCGCUGCCAGGAGGAGAUUGCCAGAGGAAAGGACGCGGAGGAGAAGAAGGGCGGCCUGCCGUUCCCCCACUGGAUCUGCCAGCCGUAUGUCAGACCAGCGCCAAAGGAGCCAGUCACCAACGGCAACAGCCAGGGCCCAGAGGUGAAGAAGGCGGUGUGUCAGAAGAGGGCGCUGGAGGACUCGGACGCGACGGCCGACACGCUCUCCAAAAACAAGCAGAAGAAGAGAUCCCGAAACCCCCACAAGAAUUUCUGUCCCGAGCACAAGCCCAAGUACAUCAAGUGUGAGCAGUGUGGGAACCCAAAGGGAAACAAAUGUGUCUUCAACCUGUGUCGAGGCUGCUGUAAGAAGAAGGCCUUCAGGGAGGUGGCCGACUGCCCAAGCCACGGGUUGAGGUUCAAAACCAGGGCAGAGAAACAGAAAGCUGAGGAGGACGGGAGGAAGGAGGACGGGAGGAAGGAGGACGGGAGAAAGGAGGACGAGAGGAAGGAGGGCUGUGCGACAGAGAUGGAGAGAAGCAGCAGCUCUCCUCAGCCCCCCUCAGAUCCAAGUACAGAGCUGCAGGUGCAGUCCGAGACACAGCUCCCACUAUGAGCGGGACUAAGGCCGUCUCUACAUGCACAAACAACACUCCUGUUAAUACAGCACUCGGCUGUCGCAUGUCAAAGAGUCCCACCUGGGUGAGCCUAAGCCGUUUUCAGGUCAUUUCUCUGACCACAAGUUCAUUUUAAACAUUUUGAACAGCUGCUAAGCAACCUCGGCAUGGAAGAGACUCUGAUGGACACUGAUCAGCAGACCAAAACCAUAAAGAAACAAAAACUUUUUUUUAUGUGAUGUGGAUUCGUUUGGGAUUUUUUUUUUUCCUUUUUUCCUGAUGGGACAGUCUGGAAGACUUUCUCAACUCAUUCUGGCAUCUUUUAUUUUUAAGACAAAGAUUUUACGAAGAGUUCCAACAUCAUUUAGCCAAAUUUGUUACUGAGGUGAAGUAAAGUUUGUCUGCAGUGCAUUGACGUGUAUGUGCCUUUUUAGAUGAGAAGUACCGCUGCCUAUCCAGAGAUGAACUUGAAAAAGUGGAGAGAUCAAGGUGGUGAUUUCACGGUCUAUUUAAAGGUGCUACCUGGGUAAUCGUGCAUGCACUGGGUUUUUUUCUCCCCUGUAUAUCAAAAUGAUUUCUGUGUUUAGCCUAGCUUAGCACAAAUACUAGAAGCUAGCCUAGCUCUAUCAAAAGAGAUGUGUUGACUAGCUUACUUGCUAACAAGAUAUUUUCUUUGCUUUAAUGGAGGAUAGCUGUUCUAUUGUGAUUCUAGUCUUUGUGCUAAGCUAGCCUCUCACCUCACUUAAAGCACCCGGAAAACUAGAAGUGUUUCUCUGACUAUUUUGUUUUGAAUAUUUAAUGUCACAAAGUUGGUGACAAAAUCAUCUUUAGGUAUUAUUAACUAAACUCUGAAACUCAGCUGAUCUGCUUCAUCAGGACAAGUGCGGGUGUGAUUUUAUGUUGAUAAUCCUGAUUGGUGCACAGAUGUUGGUGACAUCACGGUUUGUCAGUUUAGACCCGCCUUCGUUAAACCAGCGAAAGAGGCACAGACGAAAACAGAAAAAACAGGAAGCAACUGUUUUCAGAGCCUUUAAAACUGCAGUUGCUAACCUUUAUUAAGAUCACUUUUUUCAUAUUUGCUCAAACUGUCACUAUAUCCUGACAGUAUUACAGGAGACAAUCUGUGGAAAAAAAAAAAAAAUAUGUUCCACUGAUUUCUAUUUUUUAGUGCUCCUAAUGGAUUCCACCAGGCUGUAAGGAAAACAACCAAUCGGAGGCGAGGAGUCUUUAGGGCAGCUGUCAAUCACAGCUCGUGCAGCUCUUAGACACCAAUCAAACUGUCAAAACUUGGCAGCGCUGAUCAAACAUGAAUUUGAGUUUACAUGCAAGGGUAGGAUUUGUGAAUGCUAGCGGUUAGCACUAGCUAAGUGCAUGCGUGCGAUUAGCAUAGGCGAUUCACAGGUUAAUUGAAAAGGUAAUAAAUACUCCUCACAAAUACCAAAGAUACUCUAACAAAAUGACGUGGUUGGUGGGCGUGUUUCAACAGAGCGGCCUUUUCAAUUGUUUGACAGUUUGAUCAGAUUUCACGAGCAGUGAUUGCUAGCUGUGUUAGCGGCUCCUCUGCUCUGAUUGGCUGAUUUUCUUCAGGCCCAGUGGAAUCUUGCAAAUGCCAUUAGGAGAACUAAAAGGAGGCAGAGGAACCUAUAUUUUAUCACAGAUCAUCUGUCUCAUGAAGUGUGUUGGUUUGGGUUUAACUCUUGUCUAAAGUCAGGAUGAAAUGCAGUGAGAAUUCACCUCACAUGGGUUUCAUCAAAAAUAAUUCUCAGUCGUGACACUAUAAUUGAUGCUUUAAAGCUUUAAUGCAAAGAUAAAGAAACCAGAGUGCAUGUUAACUGUAAUAAAGGUACAAUGGGGACAGAGUACAACUCAGGGGAGAAGCGAUAAAAGAGUAAAGCGGGUCUUCAGCUUCUUGGAAGUUUACAUCUCAGUCGGAGGCUUCCCCGCCAUACUUGAUGUGGUGGUCGAUGUAGCUCACAAACUUGGACACUUGGGUGUAGACGCCAGGGUGGCCUCGGAGACCACAAUCGCCGUGACUCAUGAUGCCCACCUGCACGUAGUCGCUGCCUGCAAGACACACCAGCGGGCCGCCAUAGUCCCCCUUUGGAAGCACAAAGAAUAACACAUUGUGUAAGUGGUUCCACUUUGCAUUGUUCUUUCCUUAUUUGAACUUGUUGAGUUGACGCACAGCAGAUACAUGUGGUCGUUUUGGAGGAAAUGGUCAGUAGUUGGGACAUGAGACAUUUUAAUCAUUUUCAGUGGUGGAAGAACUACUGGGAUAGGAGAGUAACUAAACCCCAGAGUUUUUGCUGAAGCGCUCAUACCCUGGAAAUCCAAAAUAUGCCUCAAGAAUGUGAAAAAACUUUGGCUUGGAGGAGAGCCAGGGUGUGAAAUUAUGCCAACAGCACAUUACACGUACAGCACAUACAUAUUAUGUAUGCAUUAUUAGAUUGUGAUUACUGAUUCAUCAAUGCAUAAGUAUCAUUUUACUGUUGCGGUGGAGCUUCUUUUAACUAGUAACUAACAGUGGUGUAUAAAGU